AUGAACGCGUUGAAUCUGAAACACAUCGACGAAAUUCCGGCCCGAUUUAGGGGCGUAUUUUCCGAAUACGUCUGUUUCAAUGCCGUACAAUCCAAAGUGUUGCCGUCCAUUUUAUAUUCCAAUGAAUCUAUCGUCGUCUCGGCGCCCACGGGCUCCGGCAAAACCGUCAUAUUCGAACUGGGCAUCGUCAAAUUACUCAUGGACUACGAGGCUAACGCAUUUGAAGAUUUCAAAAUUGUUUAUAUUUCGCCGCUGAAGUCGCUGUGCCAGGAGCGCGUCGUCGAUUGGAACAGGAAAUUCUCGCCGUUCGGCGUCAGCAUCGUUUGCGCGACCGGCGAAUCGGACAAUUUGGACUACCACACGCUGAUCAACCACAAUUUGAUCAUCUCCACGCCCGAGAAGUGGGACGUCCUGACGCGGAAAUGGCGCGACAACGAGCUCGUCGUCAGGGCCGUGAAGUUGUUCAUGAUCGACGAGGUGCACCUUCUCAACGAGGACGACAGGGGCUCCACGUUGGAAGUGAUUGUUAGUAGAAUGAAAACCAUCCAGAAUUACACGCCUAAUCGCGAAGAUGAGACCCAAAUGCGCUUCAUGGCGGUUUCGGCGACGAUCGGUAACGUAGAAGACAUCGCCCAAUGGUUAGGUUGCAGGAAUUUAUUCAAUUUCCCGAGCGACGCGCGCCCCGUCCCUUUGAAGACGAUAGUUUUAGGCUACAGCUCCCCCAUCGCUUCCGUCCCGUUCAAGUUCGAUUUGUCGCUGAAUUACCGGCUGCAAAAUUUAAUCAUACAACACGCCGAAGGGAAACCGACCUUGAUUUUCUGCAGUACACGCAAGAGCGUUGAUAUGACGGCUAAGCAUCUUAAGCAAACGCUGAAAAUCCAGAUAAAUCCUCUCCAGGCUCGGCAAUUGAUCGACGUAAGCGAAUCCAUUACCGACAAUAAAAUCAAGGACGUUAUUAAACACGGAAUCGGAGUCCACCACGCCGGAAUGCCCAACGACACGCGGUACAGGAUAGAAAGCGCGUUCCGCGAAGGACAUUUACCCAUACUAGUCACCACCAGUACGCUGGCGAUGGGCGUGAAUCUUCCGGCUCAUUUGGUCAUCAUAAAGUCCACGAAAUUCUACGCGAACGGAAACUACCAAGACUAUUCGGCCACCGCCAUCAAUCAGAUGAUAGGGCGAGCGGGCAGGAUUCAAUUCGACACCAGCGCCACCGCUAUAAUUCUAACCACCAACGACAGCAAAAAAAAAGUGGAGAAGCAAAUCAAUUGUAACGAACCGGUGGAAUCGAACUUGCACAAGCAUUUAACCGAGCAUUUGAACGCCGAGGUGGUGCUGGGCACCAUAAAUGGCUUGGAGGUCGCCAUGCAAUGGUUGGCCUCUACGUUUCUCUACAUCAGAGCCAGGAAGAAUCCCAAAUACUACGGAUUGCCCGUGAAUUGCAAUCAACAACAAUUAGAUAAGAAACUAUUAGAGAUGUUUCAAAUCGAUUUGAAUAAACUCGUGUUGAACGGGAUGAUUGAAGUAGACGAAUAUAUAAACGUAAAACCGACCUCCACUGGUCGAUUAAUGGCGAGAUAUUACGUCGAUUUUCAAACGAUGAAAAUGUUUACGCAGUUAAACGGCAACGAAGUGAUCAUUCAACUGUUGGCUUUGAUAUCGAAAUGCCAGGAAUUUUCCGAGAUUCGAUUGAGAGUGAACGACAAGAAAACUUUGAAUUUAUUGAACAGGAAUUCCAAGAAGCAGUCGAUUCGUUUCCCGCUCAAAGGGAAAAUUAAAACGUGGGAUAUGAAAGUCAAUUGCAUAAUCCAAGCCACUCUGGGCAAUCUGGAAAUAACGGAUUACUCGAUACAAAACGAAUCUUAUACGAUAAUAAGAAACAGCGAGCGCAUAGUUAGAUGUUUAAUAGAUUACAUGCAAAUGAGAAAGCCGAAUUGCUACAACGCGUUGUACAGCGCCAUUAUCUUGGGGAAAUGCCUAAAGGCGAAAUUAUGGGAGAAUUCCCCGUACGUUAGUAAGCAAUUGACUGGCAUAGGGAGCACCUCGGCCGCUCAAUUGACUAACGCAGGGAAAGAUACUUUCGAAAAGCUCGCCAAAUCUAACGCUCGCGAACUCGAAUUGAACAUUAAAAGGAAACCGCCCUUCGGUAAUUAUUUACUAGAAGAAGUGCGUGGUAUGCCCAAAUAUUCGAUGUAUUUGGAGCGCUAUCAUCAGGAUCAUUUGAAAGUGACGAUAAAAUUGAGAAAUGUUGAUGAUGUACGAGAAAAGUGUACGGUUACUCCUUCAUCUAGAAUGACUCUAUUAGUAGGUACGAGUUUGAAUGAGGUGUUAUUGCACGAGGAUUAUCUAACUUCAUAUUUAAUAGCCAAUCCGGAAAUUACGAAAUUCGUUAAGCUUCUAUCAUUAACAGGAGUGGAAUUCAUAAAAGCGCAUUUCAUAAGCGACAAUUGGGUUGGAAUAGAUUGUAACGAUGAGUAUCGCUUCGAUAUAGACAACAACAGACACGAACCAUCCAAAACGGGGCAAAAUUUCGAGGCAAUUACAGAGAAAAAACGGUCCUCUUACAUGCAAUCUUACUUGGAUAUGUAUUUGAACGUCCACAAACCUGAAAACACUUCGCUUCAAGAGAUUCCUAAAAACAACCAGAAACUGGACAAGAUCCCUGCGAAAAUUCGAAGCGAAAAUUGCAACGACGUUAAAGAGAAGCUAUCAUUAUCUAACAAUAUUAGCGAUUCGGAAUUGAACGAUCUAUUGGAAGAUUAUAAAAUUAUUACAGCUUACAAAAACGUUGACACGACGGUUAAAGAAUGCUCGUCGGUUGAAAAUGUCGAUGAAAUUAUUUAUACAAGCAACGAAAUUCAAGAUUACGAGGAAAUCAUAAGUAGCGCUGUGGAAGAGCCAGAGGCGGAUGAAGAAGUUUCCGUGAACAUUACAGAAAAAUCUGAAGGAAAUCAACAAACGGAGAAUUGCGCGGAUACUGAUAAUAAAAAGGAUUCGCAAGAAGCUCAAACAACAGACCAAUUUUCGAUGAAAAGUGAGGAAUAUACAAACGAAUUGAAUUUGCUAACGUCUACGAAUCCGGUUCUUUUCGUGAUAUCGCAGAAAUAUUUGACGGACAUUACGAAUCAAGACCACGUCGGCCCGUUGCCGAGCAAAUCUCAGAAGAAAAACGACACUUUGAGGAACAUUUUGAAUUUCAGGAGUAAAAGGAAAAAGAAAACCGACGAUUUGCAUCCCGCCGAAAUAUUGGAAGACCAACUAAUUCAAGAAGAAUACGGGAAAAAGUCCGGUUUGGAGGUAUUCAAGAAACCGCAGAAAAGAAAAAUGAACAACGAUGAAUUUUCUAAUUCAAUGGCGGGUCCAUCGUAUAAAAUAACGGAAAUAUCGGAACCAUCUUCCUCGAAACAUGCCGAUUAUUAUACGGACAAUCACAAGAACAUUAAAUGGAAAAAAUCGCCCGUAAUCCCAUUAUCUCCUAAAAUGAAAUUUUCCCCGAAACGUUCCCACUCUAAAAAACUCUCGAGAAGAAGCUCUAUUGAUGAUAAUGAAUUGCUACAUGACGGGCAUAACGAAUUGUUUGAGCAUUCCAAACACUCGCCCGUGAAUACCCUAAAACCGUCAAAAAGGCGCCAAAAAUCGAGCAACAAGGACGAGUACGAGUCAGUACAUCCGAUUUUGAAGCAAUUUUCCGAUUUGUGUUCCGCUCAACUGUUACUGGAAAUUUCGAAACCUCGCAAAUCUCCUACCGUCGAUUACGAUUCGAAAAUCGGCAACAAUCAGGGCAAAACCAACGAGCAAUCUUACACUAACGAAAACAUCAAAAGCGAUGAGGAAUCCGAGAGUUCCGAUUACCUGGAAAAUAUACCAAACGAUGAUUUCAACGAAGAAUGUCUAAACAACGCGUCACGGACGCCAUCGGAAGAAUACUCCGAUACGAAAUUAAACGAUAAUUACGCGUUUUGCGCGGAUUUGGAGCCGCCUAUGAACAAGUACCCGAUGACUGCGCCGCACGCGUAUCCGCGCAAUUACAACGCAACAACGCCUUUUUUAAACGCGCCGGAAUCGAGCAAUUAUUGCUACAGCUACGCCGAUCGGAUGCAACCGGAAUAUUACCCGAAGUACGGCCCUGUUCCUUACAAUUAUCCGGCGAGCGUCGUCCGGAGGAGUUUUACCCAACCGGAGUAUUUAGAGUACAACGUUCGGCCUUCUAUUAGACGUUAUAAUAACGUUCCUGUCGGAUUCCCAUCCAAUUAUCCGGAGGAAUUGCCGCACCCUAUGCAGUUAUCGCAACGUCAGAGAAUUGUACCGAACGAAGAUUAUAUGGAUUUCAGGCGACCGAAUAUUCAUCACACAUCUUCGCAGGCGAGUUCGAAUCGACAUUUGUACGUCGAGAACGAUUUAGAUCGUUCGUUUCCAAUGAGAAAUGUUUACAACGCCGAUUAUCUGAGGCAGAGUUUUCCUUCUCCGCCGGCGUCGCGUUCUCAAGACGUGUACUUCCCCGGCGGACAGGCUCGUAGAUACGAAUACGAUAGCCCCGAAUUUCCCGACUUCGAUAAGGAAUACGGCUUGAAGAAGUAUUGGGGCUCGUUAGAUAAUCAAUAA